CGUGCAGACGGACAUAGGUACUGGGCUGGUCUACGUCAACUACGGGCGGGAGGAGGACUUCGAGAAACUGGCGGAGCUGGGCGUGUCCCGUGACUGGCGCCAUUCUUAUCGCCCGCUACGGCAAGAUUUUCAGAGGCAACAAGCUAUUACACGCACAGCAGCGAGGAGCGAAGGGCCUUAUCAUCUUCUCAGACCCCAUGGACGUGGCUCUCAACGGCACGGCUCCUGAAGACGUGUACCCGAAUUCCUGGUGGCUUCCCGGCUCAGGCAUGCAGCGAGGCACUACCUUCAUGGGGGACGGCGACCCUCUCACACCUGGUUGGCCCUCCACAGAGCAUGCCUACAGACUGAAGGAAGAGGAGGCUGACUUACCCACAAUUCCCUGUCAACCGAUCGGCUAUGAUGACGCAAAAGUUAUCCUUGAAAAGAUGGGUGGGAGGGUGGCGCCUGAGGGGUGGCGGGGCGGACUGAAGAACGUGGCGUACAACCUUGGACCUGAGUUGAUUGGUGACUACAAGCUGCGCCUCGUCACACACAACUACAUCAAGCGUCAGAGAUCUUUCAAUGUCAUAAGCACCGUCAAGGGCAGCGUGGAGCCUGACCGCUACGUGCUGAUCGGCAACCACCGGGACGCGUGGGGUUACGGAGCGUCAGACCCGUCCAGCGGCACCGCGCAGCUCAUCGAGACGGCUAGAGUGGUGGGCGUGCUGCUGGGUCAAGGCUGGAGGCCGCGCCGCACCCUCGUGUUCUGCUCGUGGGGAGCUGAGGAGUAUGGUCUGAUAGGCUCGACGGAGUGGGUGGAGGAACACCUCACCAAGCUACAGCAGCGCGCGGUGGUUUACAUCAACGCCGACACUUGCACACGCGGCACGAUGUUCGAGCUCAAGGCAAGCCCGCUCACCUGGCAGGCCAUCACCAGGCUGACGAAGCUGAUGCCCGCCGUGAAACAGGAAGGGAGUCUGUACCGGGAGUGGAUGGAGUACCACGAAUAUUGGAACCGAACGGAGCCCAAGAUAUCGACUCUGGGCUCCGGCAGUGACUAUGCGCCCUUCGCCUUCUACGCCGGCAUUCCCUCCCUCAUGAUGACCUUCACGACUGACAAACGGAAAUACGACGUUUUCUUUCCCUAUUACCACACGGGAUAUGAAACUUUCUACAUGCUGGAUAAGAUCGUGGACCCAGGCUUCAAGAUUACCCAAGGAUGCAGCAGGAUAGUUGGUCUUGCUCUCAGGUACUUCGCUGACUCCCACCUGCUGCCCUUCCACCUCCCGCAGCUGCCCCUCACCGUGAAGGAAAGCCUGGAGGGGGUGAAGAAGGACUACCAUGAAACCCUUCUCUCCAUUUAUCCAAAGUUUUCACUGCUAGAGGAGGCUGUAGACGACCUAACGGAUGCAGCUCAACUGUUUGACGCCACGCUCAAGGAAAGAGUGAAGGACAUGGACCCCGUCACCCUGCGCGCUGUCAAUGAUCAGGUGAUGAAGAUUGAGCAGCUUUUCCUACUCCCUGCUGGUCUCCCCGGCAGACCCGACAGCAGACACGCAGUUUUCGCGCCCAGCCAGUUCAACAACUACGCCGCGGCAGGGUUCCCGGGGCUCCUGGAUCUGCUGUACAAGAUUGACACGUUGCAGGGGCAGGAGCGGGCCGACAGGGAGGAGGCCAUCAAGAAGCACGUCUCACAGCUUACUAUUCUUAUGCACGCCGCUGCCAAGUUUCUCAAAGACCUUCACUUGAUAUAGAAGGAAAGUGGUUGUUUAAAGUCUCCCUCGUGUGUUUUUUUUUUUCUUAUUUACGUUCAUUUUCUUUCUUUUUCGUUCUUUCCUUUUUUUUUUCAUUUGAUAUAGAAGACGAGAUUUAUUUAUUUUUCAAAGUGUGUCUCGUCUUAAAGAGUUAGUUUUUCUUUUCUUGUUUUUUUUUUCUUUCUUUCUUUUGUACUGCAAGACGAGUUGUAUAUUGUUUAACUGUGCCUCGAGUUCUUUAAGAUUUACUUCCUUCCUUUUCUUUUGUUUCUUGCUUCUUAUUUUUUUUUUCUUUUUCUUUCCACUUCAAAUACACCUCCAAGACCUUCACUAGAUAUUAAAGACGAGUUAUGUUUUGAAAGCGUCAGGUGUUCUUUACAGAUCUCCUCUUUUUGCACCAGCACUGUUUCGUGAGGUCACACAUAGAUUACUGCAUGUUAUUUUUCCACCUGUUGUUGUAGAAUGAAAUCAAGAACACAACACUUAAAAUAUUCUGCAACUUCCACAUCAGCCUGUCAAAUUGUCACUGGAAUCAUGAAAACACCCUUGAAAACCACAAUACCUUCCACAUCAGCCUGUCAAAUUGUCACUGGAAUCAUGAAAACACCCUUGAAAACCACAAUACCUUCCACUGCAGCCUGUCAAAUUG